AUGCGCUACGAAAAUUGGGACGUGCUCUUAUUCCCUGCGAAUUGCAAGGUGCCUGUCCAGGAGUUCAAGACUCAGUGUUUUGUCACUCGAGAUCGAGACUCUCCCUACCUACACAACCCUGCCUUCGCUGGGCCAGCUGCUUAUUAUCAGCCGCACGGCAACUUCAGCCAGUUGCCAGUCCUCACCACUUUCAUUCCAAGUCUGCCUCUAAACAGCCCAUUUCGAGUGUCCAUUCAUACCUGGGAGCAGCCUCGGUCGAGCCGCUUGAUGGAGAGUCUUCUGCAGCCAGAUGAUACCGCGCUGUUUGAAGUCAGAAUCUUUAUCGACGGUUUAUGCGUCGCGGGGAGUGUCAUUGGUCAAAGAACCAACUGGCCGCAUGUAAUCGACUUGAGCUCCCACGUCGACAAGAGCGGCAAUCAGGAUACCCUACGCUUUCCGCCCUUCCACCAGGAAAUUCUAGAGCAAAGGCAUUGGGAUGCAGGAGAUCUUCAUGGCAGGAUUAGGAUCGUGAUCGCAGAAGGGUUCGCUCGACCACACCGCAAUCCGCCAUUUGAAAGAGUCAAGGAGAUAAUUGCAUUUGCGUUCCAACACGCUCCACUAAAUGUUUUGGAGUACUCUAGCAUUGCUUGGCCGAAUGCCUCCAUGUGGAGCAAAGAACCACGGCUCUUCAAGUACAAUACAGGAAGCGGAGUGAGUGAUCUGAAGGAAGCGGACGACGCACAUGGCCAUUCACCUAGUCGACCUGAAGCUCGUCCACCGGUAGCAACCGCUGGGCCAGUCGGCAACCCCACUACACUUAACCUAUGGAGAGAUAGGAACUAUCAGGGUCCUGUGCCGCAGUGGCAGGGCAGCAACUACCGGGAACCUCGUUGGGCGCCUGCAGAGACAGUUUUCGCCGAUCCAUUCAUUGAUCCAUAUGUGCUGGAUCCUGCCGCCCGUCACAGGGGCGCAAGGCCCUCUUGGGAGGACAUAUCCAUGCCAGAUUACGUCUCGAGCUCCAACACUAGUAGUCGAGCAAUUUCGAGCAUGACGGGUAUCAGCUAUGAGCAUAGCAAACAUCCCAGUCUUGUCGCUCCAAUCGAUGAAGAGUCCUAUAGUCAGUUGAUUCAGGCUCUUAGCCCUCCCAAGCCACUUUCCUGCAUUUCCCAGCCCCAAUCCAACACUCCUGCUGCUCUCGCUCUCCCCGUGAAAACAAAGCUCUCGGCUGCAGCAGAAGCCCGAUCCGCCUCCUAUGGCAAGAGUGGAAGUCGCGCCUCCGUCAGCAUUCCCAAAGACGUGUCGUACUCGGGCAGUCGGGAAGCAUCCGGGUCCAGCACGAAAUCGAGCCCCAUGCCGGCCGACGCUGCUGUUGAGCGCGGGACAGUGGGCAGGGUUCACCCUAGCCCUAGCGGACCUGUCAAGGGUCGGAAAGAAGGCCUGUCUCAGGAGAAUAAGGAGAACGAAGCAGAAACUCCACGGAAGGAGUCGGACAAAGCCCCUCCAAAACUCAUUGCGAGCCCUAUCGAAGGCAAAAGGCGACGAUCAUUAGGCUCCAGCCGCGAAGAUUGUCUCAACAUUAAUAGGAAAGAGCCGGCGGUACUCGUCUCACCCACUCAGGAUUCGCCUCGGGUGGAGGAUGUUGUUGACCACGCCGACUUUGACUGCUUCCUUGAUUCUCAGCCAACACUUGUGGGUGCCACAGCUGAUGCUGGUGAGACCGAGUAA